AUGGUUCUAGUGCUACUGCUGAUACUGAUUCCUCACAUGCCAUACAAGGCUCACACUGUGAAAUGCAGGAUCCAGUAUCCACACUAUCCUCUUCACAAGUAUCAUCAGUUAGGAGACCUCAUCAUUGGAGGGAUUGCUUCAUAUGGUGGCUUUAUUGCCUAUUCGAUUGAAUUCACCGAAGAACCUCCAUCGCCACCUUUGGAGGAUCUUAUAGUAUUGCCUAAGAAUUACCAGAACAUCCUGGCCUUGGCCUUUGCAGUAAUGGAGAUUAAUGAAAACCCUCAUAUCUUACCCAACAUUACCUUGGGUUUCUGCAUUUAUGACAACUAUUACUAUGCUAAGUGGACCUAUAUUUCCACAAUGUUGCUUACUUACACAUUGGAAAGAUUUUUUCCAAACUACAACUGUGAUCUACAGAAUAAGCUAACUGCAGUAAUUGGUGGACUGGACUCCCAAACAUCUCUCGAUAUGGCAACUAUUCUGGAUGUCUACAAGGUUCCACAGCUAACAUAUAGCCCUGCUCCAGUGAUACGUGAUAAACACCCAGGCCUUUCCUUCUACCAGAUGGUUCCCAAGGAAGAGCUUCAGUAUGAGGGGAUUCUCUCUUUGCUUCUGUGCUUCCGAUGGUUUUGGAUUGGGGUUGUUGUUAUGGACACUGACGAUGGAGAAAGAUUUGUGCAAACCGUGCUUCCAAUGUUUCCCCAGAAAGGUGUCUGUUUUGCCUUCAUAGAAAGAGUUCCCACAACUGCUUUUAUUUCUGACAUUGCAAGUAUGGUGAAUCGGGGGAAAGAAAUAAAUUUUAAAGUGAUGAACAGCAAAGCCAAUGUAAUUCUGGCUUAUGGAGAAUCCUUUUCUUUGUCCUAUUUCAGGUGGUUGCCAUAUCUGUCAGAUAUAGAGCACCUGACAAAGAAACCAAAAGGCAAAAUUUGGAUAACUACAGCUCAGAUGGAGCUCACAUCUUUUUCCUAUCAAAGGAAUUGGGAUACAGACAAAUUCCAUGAUGUUAUAGCCUUCUCAUAUCAGUUCAAAGAUCUGACAGGAUUUCACCAGUUUGCAGAAGGUAGAAACCCUUACAGCAUUUCUGGAGAUGGUUUCAUCAAGGACUUCUGGAAAAAUGCCUUUGACUGUGUAUUUCCAAAUACAAAUCAGGGUGAGACGGAGGGGAAUAUUUGCACAGGGAAAGAGAAGCUAAAGGACCUUCCUUUUUUCUAUUUUGAAAUGAGAAUGACUGGCCAUAGCUAUAGUGUCUACAAUGCUGUCUAUGCUGUGGCUCAUGCUUUACAGGCCAUGUCCUCAACUAUGCUAAAACACCGACCAAUGUUGGAUGGAGUGGGUCUGAAGCUUCAGAAUCAACAGUUUUGGAAGCUCCAUCACAUUCUGAGAUGUAUCUCAUUUAACAACAGUGCUGGAGACAAGAUAUCCUUGGAUGAGAAUGGGAAAUUAGCAGCUGGAUUUGAUAUUAUCAACUACAUUCUUUUACCAAAUCAAUCAAAAGUGAAGAUUGGGAAGGUAGAUCCACAAGCUCCUUUAGACAAAAUGUUAACCAUCAAUGAGGAUGCCAUCACUUGGCACUACUGGUUUAACCAGACACGACCUCUUUCGUUAUGUAGUGAGACUUGCCAUCCAGGUUCUAGGAAGAAAGUGAAAGAGGGGAAACCAUUUUGCUGCUAUGACUGCUUCCCAUGUCCAGAAGGGAAGAUCUCAAAUGAGAAGGAUAUGAAUGACUGUUUUAAAUGUCCAGAUGAACACUAUGCAACCCCCCAAAAAGAUGCAUGUGUUCCCAAGAAAGUAAGUUUCCUGUCUUAUGAAGAACCUUUGGGGAUCAGUUUAGCCUGUUUUUCUCUUUCUUCUUCUAUGAUGACAGCUCUGGUGCUAGGGACGUUUAUAAAGCACCACAACACUCCCAUUGUCAAAGCCAACAACCGGGACCUCACCUACACACUCCUCAUCUCCCUUCUACUCUGCUUCCUGUGUGCUUUUUUAUUCAUUGGCAAACCUUGGAAGGUGACAUGUCUCCUCCGACAAACUGCUUUUGGCAUCAUCUUCUCAGUGGCUGUUUCUUGUGUGCUGGCAAAAACUAUCACAGUGGUUCUGGCUUUCAUGGCUACCAAACCAGGAUCAAGGGGGAGGAAAUGGUUGGGGAAAAGACUGGCCAAUUUUAUUGUUCUUUCCUGUUCUCUUAUUCAAGCAGGCAUCUGUACUCUAUGGCUUGCAACCUCCUCCCCAUUCCCAGAUGUUGAUAUGCAUUCUUUGACUUCAGAAAUUGUAUUAGAAUGUAAUGAGGGGUCUGUAACAAUGUUCUACUCUGUUCUUGGCUAUAUGGGAUUCCUAGCAAUUGUUAGUUUCACUGUGGCUUUCCUUGCCAGAAAGUUACCUGACAGUUUCAAUGAAGCCAAGUUUAUCACUUUCAGUAUGUUGGUCUUCUGCAGUGUUUGGAUAUCCUUUGUUCCUUCCUACCUGAGCACCAAAGGAAAAUAUAUGGUUUCAGUGGAGAUCUUCUGCAUCUUAUCCUCCAGUGCUGGGCUGCUGGGUUGCAUCUUCCUUCCCAAAUGUUAUCUGAUUGUGCUGAUGCCUGAGCUGAAUAACAGGGAACAUCUAAUAAAGAGGAAGGCCAAAUGA